CCGUUCUGCAUCCGCUUCUUUUUUUUUCUGCGAUAGAUUGAGAAAUUCGGUCUCUACCAACCUUGCUCAGCUUCCUUCACCACCGCGCUUCUCCAAUCUCACGCUACUGACACUCCAUCCAGGGCGAGCAAACGCCGUGAACCCUGGAGAUAACCCCGCGAUUUCUACCAAACGAUCUUACCGAAACAUAUUUUCGCCAUGUCGAACGCCCAGAACGAAUCGGCCGCAUGGCCCAAGGCUGAGGAUGCCGGCCUUGUGCAGGAGCUCCUUGACUGUGUGCAGCAGGCCAGCCAUUACAGACAGCUGAAGAAGGGAGCCAACGAGGCCACCAAGUCCAUCUCCCGUGGCACCAGCGAGCUUGUCAUCAUGGCCGCCGAUACCCAGCCGCUGAGCAUCGUCCUUCAUCUGCCCCUUCUCUGCGAAGAUAAGAACGUCGCCUACUGCUUCGUUCCCUCCAAAGUCGCGCUCGGAAGAGCUUGCGGCGUGUCGCGGGCGGUCAUUGCCGUCUCGCUGACCUCCAACGAGGCAUCCGACCUGAACGCCAAGAUUCGUGCCCUGCGCGACAAGGUUGAGAGACUCGCCAUGUAAGGAGGGUUGUUUUUACCGGUUUAUUUUUUUAUUUUGGUGGCAACGAGGUUGGAUAGUCCUCCUUGAGAGCGUGGGCGAUGAUGGCGCGCAGGGAGGAAUCCCUCUUUAGAUUUCGGCAGCAAGAUCUAUGGGGAAAUGG